AUGUUAAUACUUGUUGCCGUGUUGUGUUUUGUGUUAACUUCUAGCGAAGCCUCGGUUGCAUCCUACUUCCCACUAUGUAAGCUGGGUGACGAUGCUUGUAUUCUGUCGUCCGCCAAGUCCUCUCUGCCAGUAUUAGCGAAAGGUAUACCUGAACUGGGAGUAGAGAGCGUUGACCCUAUGUACAUACCGCUAAUAGUGAGUAAUGAAAGUGGAUUGAAGCUGAAGUUCAAGAACUCGACCCUCACUGGCUUGUCGGGAUGUCAUGUUGAUGAAUUGAAGCAUGAUCACAUUAAAAAGAAGCAAUACAUAAAAAUUACUUGUGACGGUAUUUUGAGUGGAAACUACGAGAUUCAAGGACAAGUGCUGAUAUUACCAAUGGAGGGAAACGGAAAAUAUAAAAUAGAUAUACGUGGCAUCACAGUCGAAAUGCACUUAAGUCUAUCUGAUGUUCAAAAAUCCGGCGUCUCUCACUGGAAAAUCGACGACGAUUGGUCUAAGACCUUCAAAUUCAAAGUGCACCACGGAACUACCUUCCACUUUGAUAACCUAUUUAACGGGAACAAAGUACUUGGUGAUCCAGUAUUGGAAUUCUUGAACUCAAAUUGGAAAGAAAUUAUGGAAGAAAUCGCGCCUCCAAUAGUCAAAGCUGUCGUUAGCCGAGAAGUUGAAGCAGUGAACACGCUGUAUAGUGCUGUACCCACUGAGGAAUUUUUCAUCCAGUAA